GUUGCAGGUAUGACAAAAUUAUUGCAAGCCAAAAUUCAGGAGCAAAACAAGCAUGCAAGACUUGCAGUUCUUCCAAGAGAACUAAUAUGUGAAAUUGCAGCAUACCUUCAGCCCCAGAAUUACUAUGUCUUCAGCCAAUGCUGUUGUGAAAUUUACAGUUUAACUCAGAAUUAUGCUUGUGCUUGCAUUGCUGUUCAGGCACACAUUCCUCAUACUCUUGACACAAAGUUGGUGGAUCAAAAGCAAAUCAGCUUUUAUGAUGCCAUACACUGUACUGUUUUUAGAAUGAAUGCCAUGGAUACAGGCUGCCUCUAUUUUGUGGGUCAGAUUGACAAUAUAAUCAGAUUUCAUAUGAAAGAUGGUGUUCUCUGCUACCAAGACACCAGUAGUAUUGGUGUGAUGGAUAUCUCCCUGGAUCACAUCAAACAUCUUUCUCUGGAGACUGGUCCCUGCCAAUAUGAGCUUCUGCAUUAUAGCAGUGGCUUUAUAUCCUAUCUGAGCUUUUCAGAGUCAUGCUCUCUCCUUGCACUUAAUAUCAUUAAUAUCUACUCCAACAUCUCAUGGGUUAAAACACUUCUGUCUACCCAACACCCUACUUUCAUCUGAAAUGAUUGCACACUGCUUGUGUAUGGCUAUCAGCUAGAGGCUGCGGGUACCAGAGAGUAGUACAUACAAGCCAUCAGGUUAGAUACUAGCAAAAUCAUCCCCAAAAUGCCAGUCCAACUCCACAACUUCUUGAGCUUUGAUAUUGAGAAAGAUAUCUGUUUUGAGGUUCAAGAUGGGUGCCUUCAUGCUGUUUCAAUUGGAAUGCUACCUGGCAGCCAGACAUCCUGGUAUACAUACCUUGUCUUACCAGCAAGCAAGAAAGUCUCUCCAAGGUGGACAAUAUAUCAACAUCCACCAAUGGUAAAUGAGCUUUACUCAGACAGUUUAAGGCUCAUGGCUGACUGCAUCACCAGAAAACUUCUUAUUGUGGAGAAUUGCCAUACAAAGCAGAACUAUGUUCACUGGAGCAACAAACACUAUCUCCAGCAACUGGACAGGGAAGAUGAGGAUGGCUUGUGGUGAGAGGGGUUCCCUGAAUCUGAUAUGCUGUUACAGGAGGAUGGGCUUUGGGCAACUCUUUAGCCUAAAUCUUCAAUUUCAGACUCCAGUAAUUGGAUGGCAUGGCUACAAGAGUUUGGUACUCUAGAUUCUAUGUUUGUUGAGUUUUCAGACUGCAAGGAGUUUGACUUUUAUUUAUUGAUUAAGACACAGUGGGGGAACACAAUAUAUUGGCAACCCAAGAGUGUCAUUGUGGAAAUCAAAUCACCAGAACACUUGUACAUGAACAAUAGGAACUGUGUUUUGUUAACUGAUAGAAGGAGACUUGUUGUGCUGAGCUUUGAUCCAGCAAGUCCAGGCCUCAAAAGGUGGUGUGCUAAGGUGAUAUUCUACUGGUGAAACAUGUAGAUACAGGAAAACUUACAGCAGCUCAUCCCCUCUUGAACCAUAAUAGCUGGGAAAAUGCCAUGGUCUUCCAAAAAAGGAA